AUGGAACUAGAGGACGUAACAUUCCAAUUUUUACGAGAAAUUACAGAUGAUUUCUCUGAGGUGCGGAAACUUGGUGAAGGAGCAUUUGGAGUGGUUUACAAGGGAGUGACUAGAAAUGGAGAGGAAGUUGCUGUGAAGAAGCUGAAGCUGUGUGAUGCUAAUCUAGACGAUAAACAGUUUCAAACAGAGUUGGAUAAUCUCAAGAAACUUCAGCAUCAAAACAUUGUACGGAUUCUUGGCUAUUGUUACGAAAUUGAGAAAAAACCAUUUAAUUUGCCUGAUGGAAGUAAGCUUCCCCAGAAUGAAGGUUGCAUGACAAUGCAAAAUAGCAAGAUAAAGAUGAGAAAGGAAGCAAUAGCUACCACAGGUCUGCAGCAGAACAUUGAUUUUAUGUUGGGCCCUAGAUCCAAUGACCUGGAAUUUGCCAGUGCACUAGAAACAUCAUCUGAUGUACUAGAAGAACUAAUUGUGGGCAGGACAGAGGAAAAGGGGACAAUAGUGGCUUCUUUACUGAAGGGCAUGCCAAAACGGUUCAUCAUCCUUCCAAUACAUGGUAUUGGAGGCAUUGGCAAGACCACUUUUGCAAGAUUGAUUUACAAUGACCCAGAGUUCAAUUGUUAUUCUCAGGUAUGGGUCGAUGUGUCCCAGAGAUUUGACUUAAAUAAAAUCCAUGAGUCUAUAAUUUCACAGCUAUUUGAAAAAGAGAUCCAAGCUAAUGAAAUAAAAAUGAGGGAUGCUUGCCUCAGAAAGCUACUUUCUGGUAAGAAGAUUCUGAUUGUUUUGGAUGACUUGUGGGAGGAUAAUCAGUUCCAACUACAGAAGUUGAAGGAUAUGCUAUAUCAUGAUGAUAGUGAAAUAAUUAUUUUAGUAACAACACGUAGCGAACGUGUUGCAGAGAGAAUCUGUACUAACCUUGAACCAUACAAGAUAUUGCCCCUAACAGAUGAAAUGUGCUGGGAUAUAAUAAAACAAAGAAGUGGUUUUGAAUCUAGAGGUGACAAAGAACAACUGAUGAGUGUAGGACACGAGAUCGCCCAGAAGUGCAGUGGUGUGCCUUUAGCAGCUCGAUCUCUUGGCUUCACUUUGUUGUCCAUGAAUUUUGAUCAAUGGAAGAGAGUGAAAGACAGUGAUAUCUGGAACGAAACUAUUUCAAAGGAUAUAUCUUUGCCAAAUCAUGUUCUUGCAUCUUUGAUGUUAAGUUAUAGCUAUAUGGAUCUAUGCUUGAAGCCAUGCUUUACCUACUGUGGAAUCUUUCCAAAAGGUCACAAGAUAGUAAAAAAUGAUCUGAUUUACCAAUGGAUUUCUUUGGAUUUUAUCAAACCAACAAAAUUACUCUCCAGUAUGCAGCUCUGUGAAAAAUAUAUUGUGCAGCUCCUUGGACUGUCUUUCUUUCAACAUUCAAUGUCACCGAAGACUUCUGAAGAGUACAAUGAACAAGGCACAUUGUUUACUAUGCAUGAUCUGGUGCAUGACUUGGCAGUUUCACUCCUUGGCAAUCAAAUUCUGGAUCAGAGCAAACAAGGCAAUACUAAGGGAGGAAGUUGCCAAUAUGCGUUGCUCACAGACUGCAGCAAGCCACUGGAGUUAUGCUUGAGCUCUCGUGCAAGCCUAAAAGCACUGCGGUUUCUGAAAUGUGGCAAAAUGGAACUACAUGGUUCAGCAUUUUCACCUGCAAGGUACUUGUGCGUCUUGGAUUUAAGUGAAUGCUGCAUACAGAAAUUGCCAGAUUCUAUUGGACAGUUACAGGAGUUGAGAAAAAUUGGUCACUUACCAGAAUUACUGGGCAGGCUCAGGAAUCUGCAAUAUCUGAACCUAGCACACAGCUCAUAUUUAUUGUACAGCUUCGACACUGAUGAUGGAGUUGAUAUAGAGUUCAUGGGGAAACUGACCAAACUCAAAUAUUUGAACUUAACCGCAAAUGAUUAUUAUCCUACACGUUCAUUAUGGCCCAGAAGGCUCCCCGAUGCUUUGGCAAGUGUCACUGGACUCGUAUAUUUAAAUCUAUCUGGUUCUUAUCAAUUACAUGAAUUGCCGGGUUCGUUUGGAAAGCUCUGUGGUUUGGUACAUCUUGAUUUGUCAAACUGUGAAAACAUUAAAGGUGUACCAGAAGCUUUGGGUGGCCUUACAAAACUCCAGUAUUUGAACUUGUCAGGCUGCUCUGGGCGUCAACAAGGGAGUCUCAGAGGGCUACAAGAAGCUAUGGAGAAUCUCACAGUACUACGGUAUUUGAAUUUAGGCCGUUGCCUAAAAACUAUGUUUGGCGACGAUCCCGUUGAUGAAGGCAACAGUUUCCUAGCGCUCAUCAUGACCCUUUCCAGCCUUGAGCAUCUAAAUCUGUCAACAAACUGGAAUCUAUGGAGUUUUCCCGAAGCUGUUGGUAAUCUCAGAAAGCUACAUACACUGGACCUCUCUCAUUGUCUCAACCUCAGGAAGCUGCCAGUUAGUAUAUCUGAAAUCUCUAGUUUGAAGCAACUCAAUGUAAUUGGUUGCACACACUUGGACCGGUCAACUCUACCACAGUUAAGAUUAAUAAAAGGUUCUGUGUUACUACCGCACUUUGUGGUCCUUCCCACUGAUGGUCAAACCAACAGUAAUCUUGUUCUGCUCAAGAAUGAAAAUCCUGAAACCCUGGAGAUAAGCAAGCUUGAAAAUGUCAAGUAUUCUGAGGAGGCACACGGAAUAGAAUUGAAGGGGAAACAAACGAUUGAGAGAAUAACAUUCGAAUGGACCAAAGGUGCUAAGAGAUGUGUGAGGGACAUCGAAGUUUUGACAGAGCUAGUACCACCAGUGUCGUUAAAAAAUCUCCAGCUAAGAGGUUAUAACAGCAGAAGAUUUCCAGAAUGGAUGAUGAAUAUUUGCAAAUAUUUACCUAAUAUUGUAAGGGUUUCCAUAAAGGAGUUGCCUAACUGCAAGGCGCUACCACCACUCGGUCAGUUACCAAACCUUAGUGAGCUGAUUAUAGAACAAAUGGACAGCAUUAGAAAGAUAUAUGGCGAUUUAUACGGUGGUGCAGGAGCGUUUCCUAAGCUGUCUGCCUUGCGUAUAGGUAGAAUGGAAAAUCUAGAAGAGUGGAACACGACUUACUCAUGUGGCGAGGGUCGCUCACGUGUACUUGUGUUCCCUAACCUCUUUAUUCUGUCUUUGAGUUGCUGCCCCAAGUUGAAGUUGAAACCAUGCCCUCCUAGAGGUAAUUACUACUGGGGCAUAAGGAAUUGUGAUGAUGUAAUAUCAGCAUGGGAGGCACGACAGAGCUCCAGUGGCUCCUCCUUUGUUAUAAAAGGUCUUAUUGUACAAUACUGCGAGAAGCCUCUGUAUGAAUGGAAGUUGCUACACAAACUCCCUGCAAUAGGUUCUUUACACAUCGAGCACUACAAUAGUGGUUUCGAAUGCAGCUCACAAGAUAUCAUUACACGGCUCAACUCACUCCAUUCUCUAACUCUAAGAGAUUGCAAAAGCAUUGCAGCACUACCGGACUGGUUUGGAAACCUCACCAAUCUACAGAGCCUUACGAUAGAAGAUUGCCCUGGCAUCAUUACUUUGUCAGAGAGCAUCCAGAAGCUCAUCAACCUGCAAUACCUAAAAGUUUCAGGUUGCCCUGAACUAUUGGAGUGGUGUAAGUCAAAAGAAAACGAAAUGAAGCUAGCUCAUAUCCAGACUAAGGAAUAUGCUGAGGUAACCCUCUACAUGGAGGAUGCUUUUGCGCCCAACAAACCAGCAGAAUGCAGCUCACAAGCCUAG